AUCUGUACUUAUAAGGAAACCCAUUCAGUUUAAUUUAAUUUGAAAAUAAAAUAAAGAAUAUGUUGCACAUAUACGAAACCCAAUAUGAUUGGUUUACUUCAUAGACUAUGGUUUACUUUAAUUUUAAAGUAAAAUUACAUUAAAUCAAUAAAUUAAAAAAUAAUAAUUUAGGUCUGUAAAACAUUACAAAUGAAAAAAAAAAUAGUGUCAGCAAAAAUAUAUAAAUAUAGGCCUAUAACCCGUACAUAUAUAGGAUAACGGUACCAUACAUUUGUGACACAAACAAACAAAAAAAAAACAAAUUAAAAAAAUAAAGAUUAAUUCAUUCUCAUUAUUUAUUUUUUAUAGCCUUUUAAAUAUUUUUUUUAUUACAUAAUAUAGAUCCAGAGUUUUCAUAUCAUUAGCGAAUGACUAGAUCUAUCACGAACUAUUAGGCCUACAUGAUACUACCGACACCGUCUAGCCGGUAGUGACCUUGUGACCUGAUUACCGUAGCGAUAGACAGCGCGGUGCUGCCACUUGCGUAACAUUCUUCAUAAGGGUCCUGCGAUGUAAAGUUUUACCGAAAGAGUUACUGGUAAAUCUAAGACUCUAGUCGAUCUAGAUAAAUCUAGUACUUCCACAACAAGUUCUAGAUCUAUAUCUUCAUCAACACCUAGCCCUACUAGAUCUAGAUCUGAUUCAUCUUCUGGACAUAAUAUUACGGCAGCAGUUGAAAUUGAGAAUGUGUCUACCGAAGCCAAUAAAAGUGAGGCAUUGGCAUCUAGAUCUAAGUCUAGUAAACUUCAUUUAGAUCUCAAUACCAGGAGUAAAAGUAAAAUUAUUGACAUUCCCAAAUUAGAUGUUGAUAAUUUAAUAUCCACCACUCCACACACUAACAGAACAAUAGUUGAAUUUGACCAACUUCAGGCCCUUAUACAGCCUUUACUUUGUCCUGGCUGCAAUAAGUCUUCAUUAAAAUUAAAUUCUGAUGAAAAAUGUCGCAAAGGCCUGUCUGUUAAACUUAGCAUUAACUGUGAAACAUGCAGGACAGUUGUAAGUAGCAACCAUACAUCAGGUUAUUCUAAAGAAAAUAAAAGAUAUUCUGUUAACAAUUCUGCAGUUCUAUCAUCAAUCUUAUGUGGAUUAGGUUCCUACACAUUUAACAAACUGUGUGAACAUUUAGACAUACCUGGAAUGUGUAAAAAAAACUUUCUAAAUAUUACUAAACUAAUUUACAAUAAAGGUGAUGAUAUCCGACAGGCCCUAGAACUUAAAACUGUUGACCUUAUUCGUCGAAAGCAUGCGGAGGAAAGUGGAGUUUCUAUAAACGAAGAAGAUAUCAUUGAUAUUGAUGUCUCAUAUGAUGGCUCGUGGCUAACCAGAGGACACACUUCACAUAUUGGAAUUGGAUGUGUUGUUGAUGUGUUAACAGGAUAUGUUUUGGAUUUCCACAUAGUUUCAACAUUUUGUUUGGUCUGUCAAACCACUGGCAGAAAGAUUAAAGAAAAAUCCCCAUCACAGUAUUCAGAAUGGUUUGAAACACACAAGCCUUUUUGUGAAAUCAACUACACAGGUUCAUCAGCUAUGAUGGAAACACAUGCCGCAGAGGUAUUAUGGCUGAGGUCAGUUACAAAAUUUAAGCUUCGCUACACAUCAAUGUUAUCUGAUGGAGAUGCUAAAUCUUUCAAAAGAGUAACUGAACUUAAACCUUAUGGUGACAUUCCCAUAGUAAAAGAAGAAUGUGUCAACCAUGUUGGUAAAAGGAUGGGAUCUGCACUUCGAAAUUUAGUUGCUGAUUGUAGCAAAAAAGGUACUUCUCUUGGAGGCAAAGGGCAUGGUAAACUAACUCAAAACACUAUAAAAAAGUUAACACUUUAUUACUCUAGAGCCAUUAGAAAGCACAAAAAUGUUUCUGAUAUGCAGAAAGCUAUAAUGGCAUCUCUUUAUCAUUGCUUGUCAACUGACAAAUCACCGAAACAUCAAUUGUGUCCAACUGGAUCUGGCUCGUGGUGCUUCUACAAUGCUGCUGUUGCUAAAAAUGAGACUCCUGGUCCACAUAGAAAGCUUCUCUGCACUCCUCUAAAUUAUAAGCUACUAGCUGACCACUUAAAACCAAUAUAUAAACGCCUCUCCGAGCCAGCCCUCUUACAACGUUGUUUGCUAGGUGCUACCCAAAAACGCCAACGAGUCUUUGCAUUCCAAGAUUUGGAGUACUUGUGAUAAAAAGAAAUUUUCUUCUUUGAACAAGGUAACAUUUUCAGUGAUAUCCUCUAUUUAUGACUUUAACUUUGGAUUUGCUGCUUCAAAAAUAAUGAAAAAUAUUCUGUUCUGCAAAAACACGUUUCAUGCCCAUCGUCUUGGUUUGAGUCGACAGAAUCAACGAUUAAGUGGGUCGGCGUAUAAAAAAAGUAAAGUGGUCAUGAGACGACUCCAGAUGAGGAAAGAUGCAAAAGCUCGAAGGGAACUUGAGUUAAGAGAUGCAGAGGGACCUACUUAUGAAGCAGGACAGUUUUAGCUGUUUUUUUUCUGCUUUUUUCUUCUUUUUUCAGAAAUCAACAAAUAUAAAUUUCACGUAGGUCAUUUAGCUGUACACAUGAUUUCUCCUAAACUAAUUGUUUGAUUUUAAUGAAAUUUGAAACACUUGUUCUAGACAUGAUAUACCUUACUUGUAUAAUGAAUUUUUGUGAAACUUUUUAAUACUUUUUUCUAAGUUUUCAAAUCUAUACUUUAAACUCAUUUUUCUCAAAAUGUUACUUUUUGCACAUAUCAUUAUGCCUUACUAGGAAUUUCUCCUAAACUACUUGAUAGAUUUCGAUGAAAUUUGAAACACUUCUUAAGGACAUCAUUUACUUUACUCGUACAAUGAGUUUUUUUCUAACUUUUAUUUACUUUUUUUUUAAAAGUAAUUUUAAUUAAUAUUUAUCCUGUUUUUUAUGCCUAAAAUAUAACUAAAAAUUCAAAAAUUUGUAAAAAAAAAACCAUACUUAAAUCUUUAAUUCUGACGUUGUACCAAUUUAGAGGAUCCUUUUCUCUUAUCUUUAAAUUCAAUUUCAUGUAAUUUUGAUCAAUAGUUUUUACAAAAUUCAGAGUUUUAAUUUGUAUACAAUAAACAAUAUGGCCGCCGUUACCAUGGCAACCAUCAUUCAAACAA